UGAUUGGUUUUGAGGUGGUGAGUCGAGCUUUUGGGCGAGUUAUGAGGUACUAUCUUCGGCAAAUCGAGCGCAUGAGUGGUGAUAUGGAGGGAGGGGUUCUGCUGUUUGUCGAGGAUUUGAAUUCCAAGUGAUCUUUGAUUCGUACUUUGCUGCUGCUUUUAUACUGUGAUUUGUUGUUGUUGUUGUUGCUGUUGUUGUUAUGGAGGCGAACUCUUCAGGCGAAGAGUUUAUUGUGAAGCGUUUGUCGGAGUCGAUGAGUGUAGGUGAGGAAGCCCUACACGAUCACUAAGCAGCGGGAGAGGUGGACAGAGGAGGAGCAUAACCGGUUUCUGGAAGCUUUGAAGCUGUAUGGGAGAGCUUGGCAGCGCAUCGAAGAGCAUAUUGGUACAAAAACCGCUGUUCAUAUACUUGGUAUUUAUGUAUGUUGCAGAGCAUAUUGGUACAAAAACCGCUGUUCAAAUACGAAGUCAUGCACAAAAGUUCUUCACAAAGUGGGAAUGCGUGGACAUUGCCAACUGCUUCAAUACGCUCCUGCUGACCGUGCCAAUAUGUCAACAAAUAACAGAGGCUCUAUAUGAGCUGGAAAAAGAGGCUAUGACAAAAGGCGUUCCACCAGGACAAGCUCACGACAUCGACAUUCCUCCCCCACGACCGAAAAGGAAACCAAACAGUCCAUAUCCUCGAAAAAGUUGUGCGUUAAGUCCUCUCUCCUCCACUGGGGAAGUAGUGAAUGAGAAAUCAAAUUAUUCCUUCUCUCCCUUGAGCGCCGGUAACAGAGAAGUCUCGCAAAAGGAAAGUGAUGCACCUUCAGAGCCGCAAAAUAAGGAGAUGUCUGAGAACGGAAGCUGCUCUGAGGUGCUUAAUCUCUUUCGAGAAGCUCCAUGCGUUUCCAUGUCUUCUAUCAACAAGGGUUCUGCAUACAAUCAUUCUGCAUACAAAGGCUUCGACCCAAUGAUGAAGGAAAGCAAAGAGAGGAGCCUAUUGGAGAAAACCCCAGUUUUGACUGAAACAAAUGAAAAGCCGGAUGCUGGUACAGAUCAGGAAACGGAAAGGCUUAAAGGAAUCCGCAUCAGUUCUGAUGCAAAUUGCCCUAAAAAUGAAGGGGUUAAUGACCAAGGAUCGCCGCCUGUAGAAACAAUACAAGUUGAUCAAAUCAACAAUCCAAUGGCCGAACAAGCGGGAGGAGCUCAUGGCGAAAGUGUUAACCCAUCGACAAACCAUUCACUUUCUACAGGCCCAAAGCUUCAUGAGAACUCCACUAUGCCUUCUUUUCACCAUAACUAUCCAAUUUUUUCACCUUUUCCCCAAUGCCACAACCAACAAGAUGCCUAUAGGUCGUACCUGAAUAUCUCCUCCACAUUCUCUAAUCUCUUAGUGUCCACAUUACUACAGAACCCAGCUAUCCAUACAGUGGCGAGGUUCGCAGCAUCUUUUUGGCCAUCUCCAGAAAUAAACGCUUCUGUUGAUUCGAACCCAGAAACCCUUGCUUCUCAAAACUUGGCUUCUCUCGCCACUGCGACUGUCGCAGCUGCUUCCGCAUGGUGGGCAACUCAAGGGCUUUUGCCUCUAUUCCCUCCUACGCCUCUUGGUUUUGCAUUCCCCCCUCCGCCCACUACUACUGGACUUCCCAUAGUGGGCGACACCAGGACUUCCGAAAAGGAAAGCGGUGACGGAAUAUAUCAAGGUCCUUCGAAAGAUCAAGAAGCUCCUAAUUUAGAUCAAUCCGAGGGUUUAAAGCAGUAUCCUUCUUCUAAGCCUUCACUGUCGUCAUUGUCUGACUCCGAUGAGAGUGGAAGAGAAGAAGAAAAAAGGUCACUGUGUGCUGAAUUAAAGGCUUCAAGGACUAGCAAAUCUAAACCAUCAUCAGCUAAUGAAGGAACGAAUAAUGCUGAUAGUUUGAGGAACAAUAAGAAGCAGGACCGUUCUUCGUGCGGCUCCAAUACACCUUCGAGCAGUGAUGUAGAAACCGAUAUGCCUGAAAACGAUGAGCAAAUCAAUGAUAAUUCGAAGCAGGAUUAUUUUGGUAAUUCUUUGGCUGGAGACACUAAUUAUCGCAGAUUCAGAAGCAGCGGAAGCACAAUCGAUUCGUGGAAAGAAGUAUCUGAAGAGGGUCGCCUCGCCUUUCAAGCGCUUUUCAGGAGAGGAGUACUACCGCAGAGCUUUUCUCCACCGCCUGCCGAAGAAGAAGGUGUGAAGUGCAAAGGAGGAGAAGAAACCACCUUGCCACCUGUCAACAACACAGGCUUAACUAUGGACACAUUAAUCCGAAGCAACGAAAGCGGCGAGCUAGGAUCAUUAUUAACCAGUGGAUUCCUUCAAGCGAAGCUAAAAGCUCGCCGAACUGGAUUCAAACCGUAUAAGAGGUGCUCGGCAGAAGCAAAAGAAAGCAGGGCAACGGCCGGCGAGGAAGCCAUCAACAACAAGAGGAUUCGCCUCGAGGGAGAAACUUCGACCUGAUGGUACGGGACACGAAUGAUCUCUUCACUCUUCGACCCGUGCAUCUCCAAAAAUAACUUAGCAUCUCUUUUCAAAGUAAAUUAUAGAUCUAUGAGAGACAUAAUCGAACAAUAUUCAAGUUUGUCGCGCGCCGCGACUUUGCGCACUUUACUUUCAGUUGUUGUAUUCUGAGAUGUCAAGCAGGCCCAUACUGAAUGAGGCAAACUGCUUAAGAAAAAAAGCUCUGCACUGUGAUUGCUGAGACUUCUAUAGAAAGUACUUCUCAUGUGGCUUUUCAUAAAUGAAGGCUUUCUUGUGGUUAUGAAUGUUUGGAAAUGCAGGAUCAGUUGGUCCACUGGGCUACUGUUUAUGGA